AUGCUCACCCCUACUAACUUCCACCAUAGUUCACAUCAUGUUUAUAUGUUUUUGCAUUCAGAAUUAGAUGCACCGUGCACUUCUUUCUUCUCACAAAAUCACACCACCACCGGCUUGAAUUUAUUUUGGCGGUGUAAGAAAGAUCGAAAACAACUCAAAACCGGAAGAGGAAACCCCAAAAGAAACCCUCUUGCUCCUGAACCUCUUGCUCCUGAAUGUCUUGCUCCUGAACGUCUUGCUCCUGAACCUCUUGCUCCUAAACGUCUUGCUCUUGAACCUCUUGCUCAUGAACAUCUUGCUCUUGAAACUCUUGCUCCUGAACGUCUUGCUCCUGAACCUCUUGCUCCUGAACGUCUUCUUCAUGAACCUCUUGCUCGUGAACGUCUUGCUCCUGAACAUCUUGCUCCUAAACCUCUUGCUCCUGAACCUCUUGCUCCUGAACAUCUUGCUCCUGAACAUCUUGCUCCUAAACCUCUUGCUCCUAAACCUGUUGGUCUGGAACCCUCUUAUUUCAGAAUACCUUCUUAG